AGGACUAGCCUAGCACAGAUAACGGACCAGAAAUAUCCGCCUGUUCCUGUUGUGGUUUGGCUAUAAUUAUGUGACUUGGCGUUAUCAUCACAAACGUUAUGUGAAUAUUAGUGUGUGGCAUACAGGGCGACGAAAUGCUGGCCACCGAUCGAAAAAUACACUGAAGUCAGACGUUUUUAAGAUUAAACCAACAGCAGAUAUUGAAUAUUCUUCGUCUGUCCUAUGAAUGUCCAGCCUGUUUGUCUAUUUCCUCCACUGGUCUGUAUCUGCAGUGAGUGAGAUGUCUCUGGCUCAGAGGGUUUUGUUGACUUGGGUUUUCACCUUGGUCUUCCUCAUCAUACUAGUACUCAAACUGGAUGGGAAGGUGCAGUGGAACUGGUUCCUUGUCUUCCUCCCAUUCUGGGUCUUUGACAGCAUCCUCAUCCUCAUGCUUGCCAUCAAGAUGGCAGGCCGCUGCAAGGCUGGGUAUGACCCCCGUAAUGGCUCCCAUGACCUGCGUUUGCAUGCCUGGUACCUGAUGGCCAUAGUGCUCAAGCUGGGCUUCUGCCUGACACUGUGCGCUAAGCUGGAGAAGCUGGCUGAUGUAAAGCUGACAUUUGUGUGCAUACCGCUGUGGACCAUGUUACUGGGAGCACUGGUGGAGCUGGGGCUGAAUAUUUUUCCUGAGAGGAGAGAGGCCUGAGAGGAAUCAAACUUCUGUUUCAAACCUCAUUAUGAAUCAGUAAAAAACUAGUUCAGUAUAUGAGAAUGACUUGAAAACUGUGCAUUGGCCAGAUGAUGUUUCCAACGCAGAAUCAUCAUUUCAGACAUUUAUGUAAUAAAAGAAAUCAUAUGUGUUCUGCACUGUGUUCAGCAGAGCUGGGACUUUGCUGUAUGUGUCAAAGAAGAGCUGCUACUAAAUCUGUCAGUUCAUUCAUUUACAUUUCUCAAAAUAUUUCAAAAAUUGUUCUAUUUUCUUUACAAAGAAAAUAUUAUAAGGGCAUCGACUAUCUGUAUAAAACUACUGUGAGCAUACACCAGAAGAAACUGGAAUGUUGUCUAAUGUUUCCUUCAUGUUCAGAAUUGGUUUCUAGUGUGUAUUUUCACUGUGCAUAAGCUAACACAGCUGCUCUUGUAAAGAAGGCCACACACCGAGGAACUGAAUGGUAUUCACUUGAGGUGGUACCAGAGUCAAAUUCCUUGUGUGUCCGGCGCACCUGGCCAAUAAAGCUGAUUCUGAUUAGUAGUUGGAGUUACUGAGUAAGAUUUUUUUCAUAACUAAAAAGAAAAAAGAUGAAAGAUGAAAACACAGUGCAUUCCUAUCCUUUGUUAUAAAGUAGUAAAACUAAUCCACCUUUACUGGCUGCAAUAGUUAAAAUGCUUUUUAUGCAUUCAUACUGUAAGUUACAAGGAACAGUCAAAUAAUGUAAUGCAUAAUACACCAGUCACUGGGUCCAUUUUUGGAGUUGGAAGUAUAGUAGUGUGUAAUUGUGGAGCUUGGAAAUGUGUAGUAUGCAGUCCCAAAUGAACUGAUGAGUACCGUUUCUAGACUGUUGGCACUAAUGCAUUUGCUAA